AGAACUUAUUCCAGACUGCAAAUGAAUGGGACUUGUGUUACGUUACCACCAGCUAAUUUAAUCAUACUGUACAUGUGUCCCUUUUUAGAGAACCAUAGAGAAGAGUCUGCCUUCCAGAACCACCUAACAGCCAAAGUCUUGGUGUUCACAUUCUUCAACUACUUUGCAGUCCUGUUCCACAUUGCAUUCGUCAAGCAGGAUGUGGCUUUGCUCCGUAAGCGCCUGGCCUCUUUGCUGCUCAUUACCCAGUUGGUGAACCAGGUGACUGAGGUGGUAGUACCCUUCCUGGUGGACCGCUUCGUGAGCGCUCCCCACAGGACGGAGAGUGAAGAUGACCCAGAGGAGGACAAAUUUAGAAAUCAAAUCAAACUGCCUGUGUUCCCGGGCCUGUUCGCAGAGUACAUUGAGCUCCUGGUCCAGUUUGGCUAUCUGAGUCUUUUCUCGUGUGUCUACCCUCUGACGGCUGUGCUGCUGCUCAUCAACAACGUGACAGAGAUCCGCUCUGACGCCUACAAAGUCUGCAAACUCUUCCGCAAGUCCUUCUCCGCCCCUGUGGCCAACAUGGGUGUAUGGCAGAUUGCUUUUGAGGUCCUGAGUUUCGUCGCGGUCAUGUCGAACUGCUGGCUGCUGACACUGUCGCCACAGUUGCAAAGGUUGCAUGACGAGGGCCACAUGAGCAGCACCAACAUUGUGCUGAUGGCUAUUACGGCCGAGCAUGUUCUUAUCAUCGUCAAGGUGAUUGUUGCAGCCCUGAUUCCAGAUGAACCAGACUGGAUCAGGAAGAAGAGAGCCCACAUGCAGUACACAUCCAUGCAGGCUUUAAGACAGCAGAACUUGCCAUCUGAGGAGGCCCAAAUCUCUUUCAAUGUGUGAGGUAGCGACACCCAAGAAAAACAAAUUUGAGUUUUAUUGGCAUGUUUCUGUGCAUACGUCAUAGGUAUUUUUAAAGGUGGGAUUUUACACUUUGGAGACAAGUCACAUGCUGGUAUUUUAGUGAAAUGGGGGCUGGGGGGAUUUUAUAUCAAAUUCAUACCAGAGAAAUAUAUGAGCCUUCGAUGAACAAAAUAAUAUCCAAUGUGACUAAAAAGGAAGACAAACUGCAAAGUAGAAGGUCAAAGGGUGAAUUAUAGCAAUGAAGUAUAUGUACGGAAAGGGAUGAAUAUAAGACAAAAAAAAGUUCCAAAAGCAAAGUCGUUUUGAACAGGAAAGGCCCCUUGUCGCUUGAUAUUCUAAGGCCUAAGAGCACCACUUAAAUUUGUCUUCAAAGUCCCAACUGGCAGCUUUAAUUCCACCAAGUUUGUUGCUUUUACCCCACAUGGUGCUUCAACAAUGUCCACUCUGGAAGUUGCACUUCCACAUCACACAUACACUAAAAGUACAAUUCAGACUUUAGAGGGUCAAUGUGCAAACUGAAUGUAUUUACUAUUUGCUGCAUAGGAAAUGCCUUUAAAAUAAGGUUUACAUUAUAUAGGUUGAAAGGUCAGAGAGAGGCGAAAUAUUUAUUACCAUGCUGACACUGUUUUCUUGACGAGAUUUUUGUUUCGCAUGUUGUCCAAAAUGAUCGAAGCUACAGUGAGUGACGAAAGGUAAAUGUCACCAUAAACAGCAGUUUACUUCAAAAACUCUUUUUUUUUUUUUUAAAUUGUAACCUAGAUAUCAUCUAGGAUUUUUGUAAUAAUCACAACAGAAUGUGUUUUCUGGAUUUUGGCAGUGAUUUUCAGAUCGCACUAUAGAGGAGAUAAUAGCUCAGCAAUACACGCAACAUGAUUUGGUAAAAAUUCCCCUGAAAUUACAAAAAGCAGAUAAUGAUGCUGCCAAUAUAAAAAUAGAAAAAAAAAAGUUAUUGUUGAAAGUAACAAGCAUAAACUAAACUAACAGACCACGUCUUGUACUUUGCAAUUAUAUGUGCUUUUGUUCAUCAGUUGUAGCGCUUUUAUGCACUUAUUUUGUAUUGUGCCUCUAGUGACUGCUUAACUCAGCAGUAUUACUACUGAUUCAUCUUCUACUUUGUGCUGUUCACGCUUUAGUGCUGGGAGAUUGAAUGUGGCAAAUCAUACAAUGUGUAUUCUUCUUCCAAAGAAUGGCUUCAACAAUGGCACCUAGCAGUUUUAAACAAAGUAGUUAUUCAACUUCUAACCACUAGUAGGCGCUUCAAGACUAAGUGUCCUUGCAAUUUCGUCAGGGUGUCUGGUCAAAAGUGGGUAUGAACAUGGGCUGUAUCACAAUAAAGAAGAGUAAAAAAGGUUA